UUUGCAAGUGCAUUAUGGGAAAAGACGUUUGACGCACAUGUGGCAUCCUGAUCAGUGCUGAGCGAGUCUGGAGGAGACGCAGUGGAGUGUAUAAACGGCAGCUAUUUGUUUAAUUAAAUCAGGAUUAGCCAUAUAUACUAAAGUAAAAUGAAACCAGGAUUCACCCCAAGAGGAGGUGGUGGUGGUCGAGGAGGCUUUGGAGGAAGAGGAAGAGGAGGAGACCGGGGUGGUAGAGGAGGAUUUCGAGGAGGUAGAGGUGGUGGUGGCGGAGGAUUCAGGUCCCCUGGAGGUGAUGGUGGAUUCCGUGGACGAGGGGGUGGUCGUGGUACUCCUAGAGGCCGAGGAGGACGAGGAGGGUUCAGAGGGGGCAUAAAGGUGACUGUAGAGCCCCAUAGACAUGAAGGAGUUUUUAUCUGCCGUGGUAAAGAGGACGCCCUGGUCACAAAGAACAUGGUGGUUGGAGAUUCUGUGUAUGGAGAGAAGAGAAUAAGUGUUGAGGAAGGGGAAACUAAAAUUGAGUACAGAGCAUGGAAUCCUUUCCGUUCGAAGCUGGCCGCAGCCAUUUUAGGUGGUGUUGACCAGAUCCACAUCAAGCCAGGAGUGAAGGUCAUGUACUUAGGAGCCGCAUCAGGAACUACUGUAUCCCAUGUUUCUGACAUUGUUGGACCGGAGGGGUUGGUGUACGCUGUCGAGUUCUCCCACAGAUCAGGCAGAGACUUGCUGAAUGUGGCGAAAAAGAGAACCAACAUUAUUCCCAUCAUUGAAGAUGCACGGCACCCGCACAAAUACCGCAUGCUUGUUGGUAUGGUGGAUGUUAUAUUUGCUGAUGUUGCUCAGCCUGACCAAACAAGAAUCGUCGCCCUCAAUGCACACAAUUUCCUGAAGAAUGGAGGACAUUUCGUUAUUUCCAUCAAGGCUAACUGCAUUGAUUCAACAGCUGCUCCAGAGGCAGUGUUUGCAUCAGAGGUUAAGAAGAUGAGCGCUGAAAACAUGAAACCUCAGGAGCAGCUGACACUGGAGCCAUAUGAGAGAGAUCACGCAGUUGUUGUGGGAAUCUACAGACCACCUCCCAAGCAAAAGAAGUGAGGUUUCUCUGUGGAAAUUUUCGUCACUAGUCACAUCCUCCCUUUACGCCUGAAAUAUCUGCUUCUGCCACUAGAUGAACCCACGGUUUGCAGAAGACAAAAGACUGAUGUAACAACCAUUUUCUGUGUCCACCAGGUUGGGAGUGUAUCCCUUUGUACCUGAUUGGCACAGGCAACAUAUUCUUUAUGGAGAGUAACUCGAGUCCUGUUUUUUCCUUUGUAUGAUCAUCCUCUGUCUUGUAAUAUACUGUACUGAGAGAUGAAUUUUGUGUUUUGCUUGUAGAAAUUAUUGGAAGCUAGAUGUGUUAUGUUAACUAAAUCAACAGUUUUCCAAAGCAUACGUUUGUUAUUGUUUCUUUUGAAUAUUUUUAGUAAAAAAAAUUAAUCCAAUGUCACAUUGUUUACAGUCUAUCUGUAUUUUGUUUGUACCUCUAAAUCGCCGUUUUCAAGAAGCUUCUUGUUGUGAUGCUGUUUCAGAAGUAUUAAUAUAAACCCAUAUCACCAACUCUAAAAAAGGCAUUUGUUCAGCUAGUCUAAGCUUGAUUGCUGUUCUUUUCUGGUUUUCUCUCAGCCUGGCCAUAUCACAAGUGCCCAAAACCCCCUUAUGAAACAAGUAGAUACUCGAGCAAACUAGUUUAUGAUGAGUUAAACUUUUUUUCUUUCUUAC